GGUGGUGAAACGACUCGACCGCAGACACGACGCAAACUCGCAGCAGAGUGGAAAGGCGUGCGAAGCGAGGAAGGCAGCGGGGCGAUUGUAACAUGCAACUUAUCAGUACCGAAUUCCAGCAUCAUUGACAAGGUGGCAUAAGAGAGGAAAAGAUUAUUGAUUUGCUGCGAUGUGAUGUCUCAGACGGACACGGGAAGAUCACGGAAUCGGGUCAACGAAGCGAAAACCGUUUUAAAGAAUCAUCAAAAAAUCAUUAGAUUGUGUCCUCGUGCGACUGUUUUUGGUUCAUUUAUCCUCCCGAUUGGAGUAGAAGCUUCUUAAUCCCAAGCUUCGGAAUCUGGUGUGGCGUACGUGUGUGUGUCGGAAUUUGUGGUGAAACAUCUAUCGCACAAACUGAAAGGAUGCUGAAGCAGGAAAAUUUGGCAGCCAAUUUUUGCGGCCUCCUGUCCCUCGGCGGAAACAAAGAUGUGGCUAUAGAAUGGCGUAUCCUUGGGAAGGAACAGGACAGUUCCAUGCUUGCGAGCUGGGUAUCGUUCGACCCGAAAAAAGGCCGCGAAGAACAGCGCACAAACGUUGGCAUAUACACGCCGAAAACGAAAACCUUCGACAUCCUGUACACGUUCCCCGGGCGGGAAAAUGUCAUCCAAGCGUCGGUCAACUUCACGCGCACGCUUCUCCUGUACGUCACGAAAGAGUUGCGGCAGGACGAAUCUGGUCAAAACGGUGACGUGUACCGGGCGUAUCUGGUCGAGGUGCGGCCGAAGGUUGAAUCCGUUCGACCCCAUCUGCUGCUGGAGGUAGAUCGCAAUCGUCAGGUGAUGGCCACGUUCUUGUGGCGGAAGCUAUCGACCUUCGAGAAGAGCUAUCAAGAUAAAUUCCUGCUCCUAGUGCAUCACGAGCACGUACUCCUUUACACGGUCAACCUGAAAAAGGUUGACCUUCCGACGACGGAUGAAAUUGACGAUAUCAUCGGUUCAGUAGGCAGUAGGCCGGGACGUAUUGACUAUAUGAACCCGCUGGCCUGGGAGGUGGACCGGGACAGUCUGAAGAGCGAAACGAUAACAAAAUCGUUUAUCUGGGCUCAGUGGGAUCCGGUGGUGCAAGCCUUGUACUAUAUUCAUCUAAAACCAAGCACAAGAACCAUCUUCGAAAAGGAGGAUGACGGGGCGAACGGCGAAUCCGGCGAAGCAGAAAAACGGCUUCAGCCGACCUUAUCUGCGUUUCAGUUCCAUGACGAUCUGCCGACUGAAACGGUGCUCAACAUUCCACUCAAUCUUCCCAAAAUCCCAUCGUCCAACAGUGAGGACAUUUACGAGGAUGACACGGUGCCGCUGCGCAUACACGACUCAUCGUUGAAUCUAGUGAUUGUGAGCGACGAAUCGGGAAUGCUUUUCGUCUGCCAUUACUAUCUCUACCAACCGAUCAAGCAGCAGGAAGAAGAGUCAACUAAUGCAAACGGCGGAGGAGGACCGGCACAAAAUAUCUUCGACGUACACUUUGCCUACUCGGUGACCAUCCUCCACCAUGGGUGCGUGAUACACUGCGUCAUCCCGGGCAUUCCGUGGGAAAAAGCGAAACUGAUGAAACCGACCUUUACGCUACACGGCGACCACCAUGUGCUGGUGUUUCAGGCGGAUCUUUUUAUGCAUUUGCUCGAUGUGGGCCUCUCGCACGAACCUUCGUGCCAUAUCGUGUGCGCACCGUUUACCCGGGCCCCCAUUACGCAGCUGGUACCGUGCUUUGCGACCAACAACAUUUGCUACGAUUCGGCCACGCUCGAUCUGAUCUCGAUUACAAUCCCGAAAACGCAUCUCAUUGACGCGUUCCGGAAUGAUACGUCGAUCGAUAACCGGCUUGCGAUCGUGCACUACUUUUUGGCACAUUCGAAUGGAGAUAUUAUUGAGAUUUUCUCUGAGAUACUAAACAUCAUCAUGGAACGACCCUUGCACCUUGACACGGUCCCUCUACUUAAGGAAGCGCUCAUCGCCGGUACCUACGCUUCGGCCAAAAAAGGGCUUACGCAAGACCAACUGGCCCUGUUCCGCCUACUACCGCUGACGUCCUGCAGCACCACAAAACCGAUCGAGGCGAAGGUUGGCAAACUGAACGUGGGUCUCUCGCACGAGUCCCUCUACAACACCUCGAUGAUGCUGCUCUCACCACAGCAACGACUUUCGCCGUUCCGCAAGGACAUCUGGACGCUACUGUGGGAUCGGUUGAGCGACAACGGUGGCGGCAAGGAACGACCUCGCUUCCACCAGGAACAGGUACGCGAGAAGCUGAUGUACUCGCUCGCCUGCUACCAACCGGAAGCUCUGUCCCGCUGCACCACACCCAUGUCCCCGGCGAACCCGAUCGGAACGGUGGGGGUAGAGUUUUUCGCCAGUGCUGCUGCUUCCGGAGGCGCUCGUGGUCGUUUGCAAAAUGACCUACCGUUCGUCGAAACGGAAGCAUGUACGGCCAACAAGCAGGAGUUGGUACUGAACGUAAACCUCCGCGAACUGAGCAUGCACCUGGUGAAGCACAGCGUGAAGGAAGUGACCGGUUUCCGCUGGCUCAAGAACGCUUUCUACGAUGCAAAUCCGGCCACCUCGCACGUUCACGCCGUGGCAACGCGCUACGUCGCCGCGCAGCUGGAACAAUCGCGAGCGCUCUGUGUUUUAGUGUGCCGUACAGCCGGGCUCGAUCAUGCGCUCGCGCUCGGUGAAGGAAGCGAAAGCCGUGGGUUUGCACUUAUCGAUCAACUUGAGCGUGCACUUCAGGUGCGUCUCUUUGCCAUGCUCGAGCGAUACUGUCUGGCGGCGGAAACACUCGCCUUUCCGUUGCCUCUCGGGUUUUCCUCGUUCUUCUCUUACCUCGGAUACCGGGCGCUGUCAUUCGAAAGCUUCAUGCAGUACGUCGAGCAUCAUGUGUUCGAGUUGCAGAUCGACGUAGUGAAGGUGAUCUUCGCCGAUAUCGGUGAGGAUACGGAAGAUGGUAUCCGGCGAAAGUUGAACCUGUUGAUGGUGUUGCCUCGGUCAAGGGCGCGCCGUUUGCUGAACAGUUGGAACCAUCCCGUCAGUGCGAUGCUGCGGGGACGGGAGCAUGCCAUGAACAUCCUGUCCGGGAACUCGGUCCAUCCGCGAGGAUCUUCACAUCUCAAGAAGAAAGACUAUCAACCGAAAGUUUGCACAUGCUUUAGCACCUGUUGCCAUCGGUUGCUUGUUUUACUCGGUUGCCCCACGGUAGGGAAAAAACCGCAAAAAAAUGCUCCCAUAUCGCACAACCGCGCAUCACGCCAUUCAACCACAUCAUCAUUUUCAUCCGCAUCGAUUGUAUCCGUUUCAUCGUCGAUCUGCUGUUCCGAAUCGGGCGCGCUUGAAAGUUCCUCUCGGUCCAGGAAUUUGAGAACCUAUGCGAGCCUUAACGCACUUCGACUUGCAACGGCAUCACCGGCAUCGCUAAUCGAUUUGGAAGCCGGCGACGGACGAGAACUUCCCGGUGAGGGCAAGGACAUUAUCGAUGCAACCACCUGUGGCUCGAUGAUACUUUCGUCGUCGAAUGCUCCGACGAACCAUGGCCAGCGGUACCGUUGCACAUCCUCUACGUCGUCCUUUUUGAUGCAGCUUUGUAGGGAAUCGCCGGAUCGGAUUGUGCGAUGGUCAAGGAGAGGCGUAGCCCGACUUCAAUCCGAUACGAUUCCACGUGGCGGAUUUGCUAUGCGGAAAACGAUACUUCUUACACUCGGAUACUGUGUUCUGGUCUUUGUGAUCGUUUGCCUCACCGUGUUCGUAAUGACUGAGUUCCGUUUGGCGGCAUCUAUUGUUUGGUACAUGCAGAUGCUUCGCAUGCUAUUUUAAAAACUAAGCAUUAUUAUCAAGCCUUACCAAUCUAGUUCAGUUCUAUGCAUGUUAUUUUGUCUUGUUAUUUGUUGUGGAAAAACAAUAUGCAUUUUCGUUCCUUUCAUUGUUUUCGUCACCCGGUGUUGCUUGCUUCACACAUCAUUUAAAAAAAGUGAUCAUUUAAAUAUAACAAUCAGAGUACAUACUCGUUCGAAGAAAAUAACUUUUACGUUGAGCAUAAAUUUCCUAUCGAAUAAUUUUUGUUUCUGACAGAUCUCAGCCAAGGAUUGGGCGCCGCCCGGAAACUCCAGCAACCGUUGGACAAUUUUCUCGAUCUACUCACAGCCAAAGCUAAUCUAAACGAGCUCGACUUUAAUCUGCUAAUUGA